UCGCAAGUUCCGCGCCUGGUCACGCCCGUACCAUUACGCACGUACCACGCAGUCACGAGUUCACGGCACGUACGAUACGCCACGACACGUCACUCGCCAGUAGAGCGUGGUCACGCGACCCGGUCGGUCGUGUCCACGCCUCCCAAACGCGUUUCUCGCGCCGCCCGGUAUUGAUCUCUGAUCGUCUGAGCGACUGAUAGAGUGAAAGUGAUACGUUUUGUGUAAUUCUGAGAAGUUAUGAGGUUAAAAGGACAUUUUAAACCGCGACUUCUAUUGAGGUUCGACAGAUUCUUCUUCUUCGGCCAUUUUGAUCAGAAAAAGAUUGUUCGACAAUUGACAAAUACUUCUGCUUGGAUCAAAAAGGACAUUAAAACACAAUGGAAAUCCGCCAAAGCUCCAUCCUCCGUAUCAGCGACGAUAACACCAUGAAGCUGAUAGACUUGUACGAGAAGGAAGAGUGUCUCUGGAACGUCUCCUCCGAGUCGUACAAGAGCAGACUGGAGAGACACCUCGCCGCUAAGAGGAUAGCGGAGAAGCUCAAGAUCAAACACUUCACGUCGCGCUACGUCGUCAUCAAGUUCAGGAACCUGAGGAACUCCUACUGCCAGGAGCUGAAGAAGAUGGCUAACAGCGUGAGCGCGGGGGAGAACCCCCCCUACAGGCCCAAGGUGUUCUGGUUCAAGAAGAUGAACUCGUUCCUGCGACCCCACUUGCACCCGCAGUUACAGACGGGCGAUUUGCCUCCAGACGUGUCUGUAAAGAAAGAACCAAUCGAAAAGGACCUUCCAGUAAAGCUAUCAAAUCCAGAGGACGUUUUUGUUGAAGAGUCGAAUUACUACAGCGAAAGUGAAGGGUCCGAAGAAGACGCACUGCUAACUAAACGUUCGCGACACUCGUCAACUGCUUCCAAGAGACCUGAAAACCCGAUAGAGGAAUCCCAAGAAGACCCCAAUGACCUGACGCGGAUGAUGAAGGAUAUAUCGUCGCAUCUUCACGUGAUGACAAAUCAGAGGAUGGACAGCUUUGACAGCUUCGGGACAUAUGUGGCCGCCAUGUUGAGGAGUAUGCCUGUACAGAGGGCCUUGGAGGUGCAGCCGCGGAUUGUGGAAAUGCUUGUGUCAGCGACGAUGGGCAAAUGUGAACCGAAAGAAGUUACGGCCCGGCAUCUAGAUCCACUAUCCUAUACUAAUUUUAACGCUUAAAAUUCGUAUGAAUUGUAUGGAUGUUCACUCUUUCAGACUUACUCUUUUCUGAUUUGACAGAAAUUUUAUAAUGGAUUAAUUGGAUUAACACAUACUCGUACGUCCGAAAUUUCUCAGUGCGGAUACCUACGGAUCCGAGACUUGGUCGCUGACUAUGGGCCUUAUUAAAAGGUUCAAAGUCACUCAGCGGACGACAGAGCGAGCUAUGCUUGGAGUUUCUCUGCGUGAUCAACUCAGAAAUGAGGAGAUCCGCAUACGAACCAAAGUAACUGACAUAGCUCAGCGAGUCGCAAAGCUGAAGUGGCAAUGGGCGGGGCACAUAGUUCGAAAAGCCGAUGGACGUUGGGGUCCCAUGGUGCUAGCAUUUCUUACUACAAUAUUGACCCCACACCGGAAAGCGCAGUGUUGAUCGACCCCCCACUAAGCGGAACGAGGAUAUCAAACGGGUUGCAGGGAGCCGCUGGAUGCUGGCGGCUCGGGACCGUUGUGCUUGGAGGUCCAUGCAGGAGGCCUAUGUCCAGCAGUGGACAAUCGGCUGAUAAGGUAUACUCGUAAGCUACUUUUAUCCUGGAAAAAUCCUUGGUUCUCGGGAGAUAAGUUAACACUAGUGUUCUAGUCUUAAGCCUGUAUGACACGAUUUACAGAAUAAAUCGAUUCACGGAUUUCAUCUUGUAAUGUAAGUAGUUAGGUAGUAACUCCUAAGGUGAUAAUAUAAUAUUAAUUAAUAUAA